AAGUUCCAAUGCACACAGCGCAUUCAGUUAGUAAUUGAAAUUUAUUUCAGUUAGACGUGUUGAAGUAUUCUAACAAUUUAAUAUGAGUGAAAGUUUUAAUAAAGAUGAGCUUGAAGCUCCAGAAUGGAUGAAUAAAUCAUUUUUUGAAGAAGUAUUGAGGAAAUGUGAAAAAACCGACUGGAUUAUGGUAAAAGAUGUGAAGAUGUCACCAGCAACUCUUAAAGGUGAUCAUUAUGCCAGUGUAAUGUUUCGAGGAAAAAUCACUUAUGAUUCGAAAAAGGGUAAAGGAUUGUUGAAAUCGUUGAUCAUUAAAACUAUGCCACAAGUUGAAGGACACAAAAUGGAUAUGUUGCAGGAAUCAUUUAUUUUCGAAACCGAAAUUUCAAUGUAUUCCGAAACCAUACCGAAAUUUGAAGCAGAAUUGAGAAAAAUCGGUGAUAAAACUGUUUUGGGAGCAAAGGUUUUGUAUCACUCGCUAAAGCCGCACAAGUGUAUAAUAUUUGAAGAUAUUGUUCCACUCGGAUACGAAACAUUGAAGAAGAGAGCAGCUGAUUUGACAGAUUCUAAAUUGGCUUUCUUGAAAUUGGCCAAAUGGCAUGCUGUGAGCUAUAAACUUGCUGCUGAGGGUGAUAAAUCAAUGACCGACUAUAAACAUGGACUAUUUAGUAUCAAAGAUUUCGAUACAAAUCCAUUCAUCGAAGGUGGACUAAGAGCACUAACUAACAAAUGUGAAACAGUUGAUGAACUCAAACAGUACGCUCCAAAACUUCAAGCUAUGCAAAAAGAUCUAAUGAAACGUUGUUCUGAGUCUUUCAAUACUUAUCGGCAAGAAAAUCCCAAAGGGGUAUUUGUUCUUUGUCAUGGAGACUUUCAUAGCAAAAAUAUGAUGUUUAAGAAGAAAAGUUAUGGUGAAACUGAAGAUGUUAUGCUGGUUGAUUUCCAAAUUUCCUAUUUCGGACCAGCAGUAAUGGACGUUAUAUAUGGAUUGUAUAUGGUUAUAAAUGAAGAUGUUCGUACAAAUCAUCAUGAUGAAAUAAUUCAUUAUUAUUGUUCGAAUUUCAUUGAAACACUUGAAAAACUGAAAUUUCAAGGAAAUUUACCGAAAAUUUCAGACUUUUUCAUUGAUAUUCUUCGGCAUAGACAUUGGGAAAUAUUCUUGAUGUCAACACUUUUACCAGUAUGGUGUGCUCUCGAUAAAGGAUCUAUGGAUUUUGAAGAACUGAUGACCUCUGAGGAUCUUCGGGAAAGUCUCUAUCAGAAUGAUGAUUAUAUUAUACAAAUUAAAAGAUUGCUACCAAUGAUGUUUCAUCGGGGAUACUUAGAUUAAGAUUUAAGAAAAUAAAAAAAUCAGUAAUAAAUGGUGCUUUAUUUGUUUGGAAAA